CGCAGCAGGUACAUUAUUGCUUGUCCUAUUGGUCGGUUCGAUGAGUUCGCGAAUUUUGAAUUUAGAAAGUUAGCUUUUUAUUCCGGCACAAGUUAUGUUCGAGUCGGAUGCCACUUGCCAGUGGCCAGUCGUGUUUUGUGUGUCAGUGUUGGUAUACGUGCAAACCGCGAAGGUUUAUCGCGAGUGAACGAACUGUUUUCGCCUCAGCGCGUUCUUUUUUUUUUUUUUGUAAUUUGAACUGACCGAUAACGGGUGUGAGAAGAAAUGGCUGCCACUAAAUAUCUGCACCCGUUUCUCAACGGCUUGAAGCUUUUGCCUGAAGGACAUGAGGAUGAAGUUCAGCAGAUAAGAGAAUGGAUGAAAAGUCAACCCCACCUGCCGUAUAUAUCGGACGAAUACGUAUAUUUGUUUCUUCACUCAAACUAUUACAAAGUGAAAGAGACGAAAGACACAAUUGAAUGCUACUUCACACUUCGUGGCAACACCCCUGAUCUCUUUACGAACAGAGAUCCUUUGGCUCCCAAGAAUAGAGCUGUUAUGGAUAUUACACAAAUGGUAGCACUCCCAAAUAAGACAACUGAAGGAUAUCAUGUUCUUCUGUACCGCCUUGCCGACUAUGAUUAUAGUAAGCUAAACUUCGCCGAUGCUGUUCGCGUCUUUUGCAUGUUCAAUGAUGUCAAACUCUCAGAGGAUAAGCUCUCUGAAGGAUACAUCGUCAUCUUUGACAUGAAGGGAUGUAGUCUCGGACAUUUGACCAGGGUGACCCUGCCGGCGUUGAGAGCUUUCAUGCACUACAUCCAGAAUGCUCAUCCGUGUCGUCUAAAGAAGAUCCACGUUGUUCACACGGUUUCCUUCAUCAACCAGGUCAUGUGUCUCGUGAAGCCACUCAUACACUCCAAUCUGUUGAACCUACUGAAUUUCUCUUCGGAAGGCCCCGAAUCAGUGGUCGAUAAGCAACUCCUACCCGAAGAAUUCGGUGGACCGAUCGUUCCUGUGAAACAGCUACACGACGAACAGAGGAAGAACAUGGAGGAGAACUACAGAGAUUGGCUAAUAGAAACGGAAAUAUUUAAAGCGGAUGAGAAGAAGAGAAUAAAGAAACCAAGUAAAGGGAUGUUCGCAAGUUUCACGAGUAGCUUCAAAAGCUUAGAAAUAGAUUAAGUCGAAUAUGUUAAGAAAUCGCCUAAGGGACCUGACAAUUGUAUUUUUACUUUCCUUGUGGUUGUCGGAUGUACUAGUCUUUAGAUUGUAUUCCCACGGAUUUUCUAAUACACUUAACUUACUGAACAAAAUUAAAUAUGUAUGUAUCGAUUUUCAUUUUGUUUCUGACUAAAAUUUGUUCGUAUUUAAAUAACUAUUUGAUAGAUUGGUCUAAGGGAUGGUGUUAUGCAAUAUUAUUAAUUUCUUUUCACGACCUUAUACCUCACGAACUAAUUAGCCAAUUAAAGUCCCUUUAAUAUUCAGUUAACGAGUAAAUCAGUGAGUGUCAGAAUGAUCUGUCCGACUUAAAAUGUUCGAAGUUGAAAUUUGUGACGCAAAAAAAUGAAAUUUAUUAAACAAAAAAAAACAAUUCCCUUUUUUAUAUUAUGCAGGUAAUUUGAGGUACUAAGCAGUACUUUUACGUCAAAAUAUUUGAAUUUAAAACAGUGAGAAUUCAUUAUGUAUUUAUAACGAUCAAAAGGGCAAUAAAUCAGAAUGUGCCUACAACAGUUUUCUUUAGUUUUCACUACUCCUAAAUGUAAUAUAAAAUACUUUGUGGCUUAAUAUUUUCUUUUUACUAUUUUCGACUAUUAGAAUUAUAUGUAUUAACUAGCUGACCCGGCAAACUUCCCAGUGCCUCAAUCGAUAAAUAAAAGACCUAAACUUUUGUAUAAAACAAACAAAAGGAAUCCGUCCGACGGGGGACACGUCAAAGGGAAUACAAAAUUGUUAUUUUUAUUUAAUUCUGAUAAUUUUCAUAUUUAUCUACCUUUUAAACAUUCUCUGGACUUCCACAAAUAAUUCAAGACCAAAAUUAGCCAAAUCGGUCUAGCCGUUCUCGAGUUUUAGCAAGACUAACGAACAGCAAUUCAUUUUUAUAUAGAUACAGUUUUUGUAGCUUCACACGACAUUUAAAUUUUCUGCUUACUACCGUCUAAUUUUAAGUUUAUUUCCACACAGAAAGAACUAAUAGUAUAUACCUUGAGAUCGGAUAAUUUCUUUGACUCGGGUGUAUUAGAUAGGCGUCAACUAACUUCUCUGUUAAAUUUAUCAAAAUCUAAAAAUAAUCUGACUAAGUCGUAAAAAUACUUUUAACGAAAAAUGGUUUAAAAUGAGAAUCUCCAUAGUAAUUAUCCAUCUGAUUGAAUUAUACCUUCAAGCGAUAUUUAUGUUUUUACAAUAAAUGAUAUAUUAAAUUAUACUUUUAAAAGAAACGGAUUGGUUAUCUAAUUAAAUUUACUAAAUUUAGGUAAUUUGGUUUAGGUUAAAAAAUAUUUUUUUUUGCUGUAAACUUAUUACUUAUUGUUAAGGUAAUCAGUAGUUAAAGAGUGUUCUGUGUAAUGAUUGUUAAAUCCUUAGCACCUGGAGCUAUUAAUUUCAGUUCGAUUCCAGAGUUCAUUCUUGCCAAGUGACAUCCAGCUUUCGAAUUAACUCCAGCACAAGGUAUUCCCCAAUCGCCACUAUAACAUUACCUUCGACAAUAACAAUUUGUAAUUGUUAAAAUUGUAUUAUUAUUGCAUAUAACAAUGUCUUUUCAUCUUGUACAUAUUUUUUAAGCAAAUAACGUAUAUUUACCUCAACUUUAUGUAAAUGUAAUGUAUGUACUGUAUAAUAAAUAAAUGUAAACCUUAAAAAAAUCACUAUACCAAAACGAUUUGUUUCUUGUAAGGAUUUGUAAAUAGCAAAAUAAAAUUUUGUUUAUUCAGUA